AUUUACUAUGAAUAUUGUAUGCAGGCGGAAUAGCUGCUGAUAAGUUUGAAAUAGCUUAGUCCUGGAUAAGACGUGUGCGUGCAGGCAAAUUAUAUUUCCUUGCUGGGCUGAGAUUUUUCCAUCACCUAUUAGGAUGCUUCUAUCCUGGAUUCGGAUGGGUAUGAAUGGUCUCAGUCGGAUAUUCACAAUGUAGAUAUUUUUGCUGCAUGUUUGGUGAGGACUAUUACGCAAAGAAUGUUUUGCGCUAAACUGAAAGAUCUGAAGAUUGCGGGCGAAUGUCCCUUCUCUAUGGUCGUGGGAAAUGAGGAACCCGCGGACUUUGAGGAAAGCAAUGCGGUGAAUGUUGUGCCAGUAUCCAGAGAGGUGCAGGGCAAUAUCGCAAACAUUCUGCCCAGACGCAAAAUAAGCCGGAGCAAAGUUAAUCUGCAUUCACUGGGCGAGAGCAUCCGAAAGCUGGUGUGCCCAGAGUUCGAGAAAUUACGAAAUGCAUUGUUCAGAGUUAUGAAACAGCAGAUAGACAUGACCUGCCCUGUAGCAUGCAGUUCUGAUGUAUCUCAGACACUGGACAAUGCUGAACAAUUAUCCGAUGUCAUGAGAAACUACUCCCUUAAAACAGGUAUCCCCAUGGAUGCGCUUAAGAUUUCUCUGGGUCUGGAGGUGUUUCGGGACUGUUAUGAGGAGGAUGGUCAUAUUCUUAGAGUGGUGGGGGGAGCUCUCCAUGAUUUUCUCAACAGCUUCAAUGUUCUCUUAAAGCAAAGUACACCACCCACCCCUGAGGUACAGCGUUACAUCCGCCAAGCCUCCAUCCUCUGCUUGGACAAAGAUCCAGGACUCCUGACCGUCUAUUACUUCAAUCCCCUCCCCACCACCGAGCUCUUCUUCCCGGGUAUCAUCCAGGCGGCGGCGUGUUUGCUCUACUGCACACGGGUAGAAGUCAGAAUGGAUGUUGGGGGUAAAGACAGUGGUGCUCUACAAGCCAAUCAUCAGCCCCAUCUGCUAUAUUCGGUGGUAGUGAGAGAUGGCAGGAGCCUCACACCAAGCCCCAUGAGGACACACUCGUCUGGAGACAUUCCCCUCUCGCUGCUCUACUCUACGUUUCCAUUCCAUAUUCUCCUGGAUCAGGAAAUGGGCCUGAUGCAGAUUGGAGAUGGUUUGAGGAGGAGGCUCGGGCGAUGCAGAGAUGGUCAAAGGAGACCUGUUUUCAAUGAGCACUUUGUCAUUGUGUCACCCGAAAUACGAGCCAGCUUCCAGGAUAUUUUGACCAUGCUUAACACCCAGUUCGUGCUACGGGUGAAACAUCAUGGAGCGAGCUCUGCUGACAGCCCUGGAAAGCAUAUGGACCUGAAGGGGCAGAUGAUCUUCAUGUCAGAAAUGAGCGCUCUCCUCUUCCUCGGCUCCCCGUGUGUGGAUAAGCUGGAGGAGUUGACAGGCCGGGGCCUCUACCUCUCUGACAUUCCCAUCCACAAUGCACUACGAGAUGUUGUUCUGGUUGGGGAGCAGACCAAGGCCCAAGAUGGACUAAAAAAACGCCUGGGCAAAGCCAAAGCUGCCCUGGAACAGGCACACCAGGCUCUGGAAGAAGAAAAGAGGCGAACGGUAGAGCUGCUCUUCACAAUAUUCCCAGGGAACGUCGCCCAGCGCUUGUGGCAGGGACUUCCAGUGCAGGCGAAAAAGUUUGAUAAUGUCACCGUGCUGUUCUCAGAUAUUGUGGGCUUCACUGCAACCUGUUCACGAUGUACGCCCAUGCAGGUGGUAAACAUGCUCAGUGAGCUCUACACUAGGUUUGAUCACCACUGCGGUGAGCUGGAUGUGUAUAAGGUGGAAACCAUCGGCGAUGCGUACUGUGUAGCUGGAGGAUUACACAAAGAGAGUCCGACCCAUGCUGUCCAGAUUGCUCUCAUGGCUCUGAAGAUGAUGGAAUUGUCGGAUGAGGUCACGACUCCCAUGGGGGAGAUAAUCAAGAUGCGUAUCGGGAUCCACUCUGGCUCGGUUUUGGCAGGUGUGGUCGGGGUUAAAAUGCCCCGCUAUUGCCUUUUUGGCAAUAACGUCACAUUAGCCAACAAGUUUGAGUCCUGCAGCCUGCCAAGAAAGAUUAACGUCAGUCCCACCACAUACAGAUUGUUAAAAGAUUGUCCAGAGUUCACUCUCAUCCCCCGGAGAAGAGAGGAUCUUCCGCCCAACUUCCCCAGUGACAUCCCUGGAGUUUGUUACUUCCUCCAGGCUCGUGAUCAAAAGACAAGUGCUGCUUCCAGAGGCUGUGCUACAGAGGAAACUCAGCCCAGUGGAUGAAAACACAAAAUCUCUCAGACAACGAAUGCUGGAAACAGUGGGUUAAUACUGCCUGUCAGUCUCUGUAUCUUUUUAGUUGAGCCAGAGGUAGUUUAUCAUCCAACUGUUGAAUGUUGCCAAAAAGCUAUCAAAUAACACUCAUUAGAAGGGUUUCACUGAGCACUGUUUUUCUUCACAGUGGCAUUAAGUAUGAGUCCUGUGAUUUUGAUCGCCUGAACAUUUUUUGUUUUAAUAAAGUAAUUUGUUUAUUUUGACUUCCUAACUGUAUACCAAAAAUCUAAAAAGCAGAGAAUGUCAUCCACAUUUAUAUAUCUAACGAUUGACUGUUUCUUUAAGCGCUAUAGAGUCAAGAGAGUGAAUCAUUUAUUGUCUACAAGGAUCAGUUCAAUAAUCUGAACAGAGCACAUGUCAUUGUAGUACACAGUAAAGAGGAAAAAAAGCACACAGUGAAGCAUCACCUCAGCAGAGCCCAACCACUAUCAUCCUUAAAGGCACAAUAUGUAAAUUUUCACCGCUAGAGGUUGUUUAUUCAAAACAAAGGCGUAGCUUGAUGACGCCUUGAUUUCGCAGAAUAAUGGCAGGUGUUGUCUUCACGUCUACAGUCCGUGAAAAAGAAUCGGGACAGGACUCGGGCAGAAAUCAUGUUCAUAGAAUAUAUUAUUAACAUUACUAUAGUAUGAAGCAGAGUAGGGCCGAGUGCUGUGCGAGCAGAAACAAGGCUGCUAGAGCGAUUGCUAUUGAGAGAUGAGCGUGACCAAAGACUAUAGAAUAACACAAGACAUAUCACUCGUAUUGUUUUGAAUGGGAGAAAGUGUAACGCUCAAUAUGGCGGUAUUAAGUCCCGCCUUCAAAAUAAGAGCCAAUUGCCGACCUGUAAAGUCAUCGCGUCACUCCAGCGGCCGUUAGAAGCACCGGUUUCUAUAGAAACAGUCAGACGCGCACCUCCGAAAUGAGGCACAAGAGACGCGCAUUUAGGUCUGCGCAUGCGCAUUAGCUUGAUCCAGCCUAAAUACUGUUUUUUUGUCAUGAUUUGAGCAUUUGGAAAAAAAAUUUAUGAGACAGUUGCUGUCAGAUUUCAUUGGUGAUUUCAAAUAUGAAAUUUAAUCGAAAGCUUGGCAAACAGCUUUGGAGAAUUUGAUGUUUCCCCAUUCAAAGAGAUAGGAGCUGCAUGAUGCCCAGGAUGCCCGAGAGGCGUUUCAAAGAUGGCCGCCGAGUGAAAUGACUUGUCUUAAAGGGACUUUGGCGUGACACACGUCUUGAGAGUAACACAAGACAUAAAAAAAAAGCAGCACUGUUUUAUCAUAGAUACAUUUGUGUACUGAAAGUUGUUAUAGUGCUACUCUGUGUUUGCUCUGCGGCUAUGAGACACUUAAUGCACAAUGCAGUAAGCUAGAUCGAUAUUAGGCAUGGUAAAACAUGGUACUCGCUGUAAAACAAGAAAACGAGAUUUAAAUAAGACUUACUGUGUUGAGCUAUAUAACAUGAUUAGUUUUCUGUCGAUGAAUGUAUCCAUCCAAACAGUUGCUCACCUGUCUAAUAAAACACAUAAUAUAUUAAAGCGUCUUUGGUGUUUCCAUGGUUUCUACAAAAUAAACUGGAAGCUGAGGGUAACGCUGGUAUGAUAUCAAUGAUAGGCGAUGCACGGACACGGCCCAUGUCCUGAUUAAAAUUGCUUAUUUCUCUGGAUUUAAACAUUCUUGGAAACAUUUGGGAUAACAAAAGUACACAAGUCAAAAAUAAUAAUAAUUAUAUAUAUAUAUAUAUAUAUAUAUAUAUAUAUAUAUACAUACAUACAUACAUUACAUUGUUCUAGUGUUUUUUGGAUAUUUUAAUCCAAAAAUCUUACAUAUUGUGCCUUUAAACUAAACAUAGUGACAUUUUUUGUAUUGUAAUAGAUCUGUAAUAAACAUGCUUUACUCAA